AUGGAAGCAGCAGCUGUCGCCCCCGCGGCCCUGCUGCCUGCCGGCGUCCCGCUCCUCCUCCUCCUCCUCGCGCUCUCCACCCUCAUCAUCACCAGAUGGAGAUGGAAUAACCGCAACAGCAGGCUGCCCCCGAGCCCGAUGGCGCUCCCGCUCAUCGGCCACCUGCACCUCAUCCGCUCGCCGCCGCACAGGGCCUUGGACCGCAUCGUGGUGCGCUACGGGCCCCUCGUCUACCUCCGCCUCGGCCCCUCCACGCACUGCAUCGUCGUCGGCACCGCGGACGCCGCACGGGACCUUCUCAAGCACGAGGCUAGUUUCCCGGAGCGGCCGAUCACGGUCGUCACGCGCCACCUCGCCUACGACGACGCCGGCUUCGCCUUCGCGCCCUACGGCCCGCACUGGCGCUUCAUGAAGCGCCUCUGCAUGUCCGAGCUGCUGGGGCCGCGCACCGUUGACCAGCUGCGCCCCGUGCGGGAGGCCGAGCUGGCGGCCGUGCUGGGGGCGGCGCGCCAGGCGGCAGCCAGGGGUGAGCGCAUCGACGUCAGCCGCCACCUCAUCAGCAUGUCCAACAACGCCAUCAUGCGCAUGGUGGCCAGCGCGCUGCCGGGCCACAUGACGGAGGCGGCCAGGGACUGCGCCAAGCGCGUCGCCGAGGUCGUGGGGGCCUUCAACAUCGAGGACUACGUGGGACUCUGCCGGGGCUGGGACCUGCAGGGGCUCACGCGGAGGACGCGCGAGGUGCGGGACAAGUUCGACGCGCUGCUGGAGAUCAUGAUCACGGCCAAGGAGGAGAAGCGUCGGAGACGGCACCAGGAGCAGGGGGAGACCAACACCACCACCACCACCAACAACAACAACGACCUGCUGGACAUCCUCAUGGACGCGGCGGAGGACAAGAACGCCGAGGUCAGGCUCACCAGGGAGAACAUCAAGGCGUUCGUCCUCGACAUCCUCACCGCCGGCUCCGACACCACCGCCACCAGCGUGGAGUGGAUGCUGGCGUACCUCAUCAACCACCCGGCCUGCAUGGACAAGCUGCGUGCGGAGCUGGACGCCGUGGUGGGCGCGUCGCGCCUGGUCGGGGAGCUGGACGUCCCGCACCUGCCCUACCUGCAGGCCGUCUUCAAGGAGACGCUGCGGCUGCAGCCUCCCGCCGUGUUCGCGCAGCGGGAGACCAUCGAGCCGGUGCACGUCCGCGGCUACGUCAUCCCGCCCAAGACCUCCGUCUUCUUCAACAUCUUCUCCAUCGGCCGCGACCCGGGCUGGUGGGAGGAUCCCCUCGAGUUCCGGCCGGAGCGUUUCAUGCCCGGCGGCGCCGGAGCAGACGUCGACCCCAAGGGGCAGCACAUGCAGCUCUUGCCGUUCGGGAGCGGCCGCCGUGCCUGCCCCGGCAUGGGCCUCGCCAUGCAGGCCGUGCCGGCCUUCCUCGCCGCGCUGGUGCAGUGCUUCCACUGGGCGGUGCCCAUCCCGCAGGGCCAGUCCACGGCGCCGCCCUUGGACAUGGAGGAGGAAGCGGCGCUCGUCACCGCCCGGAAGCACCAUCUCAUCCUCAUCCCAACACCGCGCCUCAACCCGCUGCCGCUGCCGCUGCCGGCAACAGCUACCUAG